ACAGUUCACCUUGCUGUUCCUCCCUGCACUGGCUCAGAUGGACUACUCUGCCACCACCUUGUGGUUUUCCUCUCAAUGUGUGACAGAUCGCAUCUAUUUCAGUGAUGACACACUCAGUUUGAUUUCCAAUGAAGGAGAAGGUGAAAACCUGCAUUCUAGGUGUGUGUACAGUCAGUACCCCUUCACGAGGUGGUUCCUGUGCCAGGCCUCUGCUGCUGACAUCGCAAAGAACCCCAAACACCGUUACCUGUCCUUCCUCCAUGACCGCCACCAACACACUGGCAUACUGCUCUCACACACUGAGCAGAAGGGUGCGAUGGUGUCAGUGUUUGGUGUAAAGGCAGAGGAUAUUUUUAACGUCACACCAAGUUCCCCCCGGUGAUUCUAGACUUCCAGCCCAGAGGGAUCUUCUUGUUGGACAACCAUGUUAUUCUGUACGGCUCAGAGGUGUGGACAUCGUCAGAUAGAGGCUCUACCUUCACGUGGGUGUUCUCUCUAGACAAUCAGAUCGUGAUAGACGCGCUGAGCUGUACUGUCAUUGGUGUGGUAGUGUUCUUUACUGACCAUGGAAACCUCUACAUCAUGAAGUCAGGUCUUGCCAGGUUUGCGUGGUUGAACGAGACCCUGGAUGUAGCCAGUACUCUACUGUGUGGUCACAUGGGCAUCCUGAUUGCUGUUCAGCUGGACAAAGACAAACCCAGUGGCUUUAGCUACAGGAACAUCGAGAUAGACCAUCUCAUAGAGAAACAUGAGAUGGGUUUUGACAAAGCCCUGGCCCUCCAGUACACCACAGACCACACAGUCCUGCUCCACGAGAAUGCUGUCAUCAAUGACCAUGCUAACGGAAACAACCGCCAGGGCAGGAACAACCCUCUCACCGUGGCACCCGCCAGCCACUUCUCACCUGACCACGUGGGCAAGGUCAUCUACUUCAGUGAUGGUGGGAUGGUGGUGAUCACAGAGGUGUUCCGGACUCACUAUCUGGGGGGGUUCUCCGGGGUCGUCGUCGGGGAGAUCCUGGAGCCAAUCAAAGGAGCCAGCUUGAAUGCGGAGCCUAUGCAGUUAUGUGACCUGUUGGUGAAGAAGGGGGAGCCCGAGGGGCUCACUGUUACACUGCAGCUCAAAGACCUAGAUCCGUCCCAGGGGUUUAAUUUGUCCCACGUGGGGAAGGCUGUGGUAGCACCAGGCUUCAGCAGUUACUCAUCACAGGGCUGUGCACAGCGGCAGUGCCCUAGCCAAACCCACUAUGCCAGCCCUAGUGCUCCCCCUGACCAGCACCGGUCAGGAGAGUGGCUGCUCUUCCACUCUGCAGGCCGGGGGAGCUGGGGGAUGAAGGAGGGGCUAUGUCGUCACGCCCUGCAGUCAUUGGACGGUGUGAGGAAUAACGCUCUGAUGAGGAUCAACGUCAGAGAAGAGCUCAACUUCACCUUCAGGCCUUCAUGUCCGACUACUCUCUGUCCAUGGUGUACCAUAAGAAGUUCAUGCGUGUGGUUCUGACCAACCCUCUGGCCUCCGAGUCACAGCCAGACACUCCUGGGACG